GAGCGAGCCCGGGGGCAGCGCCAGCGGCUGCGAGACAGCACUCAGACCUGCCAGGCGCCCGUGACAGGGCGGGUUGCAGCGCGGGCCGGUGCCGCCGGCGCGGGCGGAGCGGACAUGGCCACCAUGGAGAAGCUGACGAAGGCCUUCGAGUCGCUGCGCUCCUUCCAGCAGCAGCAGGGCCCCGCUGCCCUCCCCGAGGAGCCGCUCCAGAGACCAAAGAAAGAACUUUCCGCUACCAAGAAAGAUCGAGUGAAUCACUGUCUGACAAUAUGUGAAAACAUAGUUGCUCAGUCGCUAAGGAAUUCCCCAGAAUUUCAGAAGCUACUGGGCAUUGCUAUGGAGCUCUUUCUCCUCUGCAGUGAGGAUGCAGAAUCUGAUGUCAGGAUGGUUGCAGAUGAAUGCCUUAAUAAAGUUAUUAAAGCUUUGAUGGAUUCCAAUCUUCCCAGGUUACAAUUGGAACUGUAUAAAGAGAUUAAAAAGAAUGGUGCUUCAAGAAGUCUGCGUGCUGCACUCUGGAGAUUUGCUGAGCUCGCCCAUCUAGUUCGGCCUCAAAAGUGCAGGCCGUAUUUGGUGAACCUUUUGCCCUGUCUAACACGGAUAAGUAAGAGACCUGAAGAAUCGGUACAGGAGACGCUCGCUGCGGCAAUACCCAAAAUCAUGGCAGCCUUCGGCAAUUUUGCAAACGACAAUGAGAUUAAGGUUUUGUUGAAGGCUUUCAUAGCUAAUCUUAAAUCCAGUUCCCCCACAAUCCGUCGAACAGCGGCAGGAUCAGCAGUAAGCAUCUGUCAACAUUCUCGAAGAACACAGUAUUUUUAUGCCUGGUUACUCAAUGUGCUUUUAGGCUUGUUGGUUCCUGUAGAAGAUGAUCAUCCUACUCUUUUAAUUCUGGGUGUUUUACUUACACUAAGGUAUCUCAUACCUUUAUUGCAACAACAAGUAAAAGAUACCAGCCUGAAAGGCAGUUUUGGUGUAACAAGGAAAGAAACAGAGAUUUCACCUUCACCAGAACAACUUAUACAGGUUUAUGAACUGACUCUGCACUAUACCCAGCAUCAGGAUCAUAAUGUUGUGACUGGAGCUUUAGAAUUGCUCCAGCAGCUGUUUAGAACACCCCCCCCUGAACUGCUCCAUGCCCUGACCGCCUGUGGGGGCAUUGCUCAGGUCAGUGUAUCCAAAGAUGAACCUGCCAGCAGGAGCCGCAGUGGGAGCAUAGUGGAACUCAUAGCUGGAGGGGGGUCUUCAUGCAGCCCUGUUCUUGCAAGAAAGCAUAAAGGUAAAGUACUUCUUGGUGAAGAAGAAGGUUUGGAUGAUGAUUCUGAAACCCGAUCUGAUGUCAGCACUGCAUCAUUUACAGCUUCUGUGAAGGGUGAGAUAACCACUGAACUGGCUUCUUCAUCAGGUGUGUCCACAGCUGGGUCUGUGGGGAGCUCUGCUGCUGAUCCCACAGGACACGACAUCAUCACAGAGCAGCCUCGUUCCCAACACACGCUGCAGUCAGACUCUGUGGACCUGGCCAGCUGCGAUCUGACAAGUACAGCUGCUGAAGGGGAGGAUGAUGAAGUGCUCAGUCGAAGCUCCAGCCAGAUCAGUGCUGUCCAGUCAGACGCCACUAUGGAUUUGAAUGAUGGCACACAGGCUUCCUCACCAAUUAGUGAUAGCUCUCAGACUACUACAGAAGGUCCAGACUCUGCUGUAACCCCUUCAGACAGUUCUGAAAUUGUUUUGGAGGGUGCCGAAGGACAGUAUUCUGGAAUGCAAAUUGGGCAGCUACAGGAUGAGGAAGACGAAGCGGCAAAUGUUCUCCAAGAUGAUUCAGCAGAGUCCUUCAGAAACUCUUCUCUUGCUCUUCAGCAAUCUCACCUGCUGAAAACCAUGAGCCAUAGUAGGCAGCCCUCUGAUAGCAGUGUGGAUCGAUUCACAUCAAAAGAAGAUUCAACAGAUACUGGUGAUCAUGAGAACAAGCCCUCCAGGGUGAAGGGGGACAUUGGACACUAUACUGACAGAGACUGUGCUCCUUUGGUGCACUGUGUGAGGCUGCUGUCGGCUUCCUUCCUGCUCACAGGGGACAAAGGAGCUUUAGUUCCUGAUAGAGAUGUGAGAGUCAGUGUAAAAGCCUUGGCAGUAAGUUGUGUUGGAGCAGCUGUUGCACUUCACCCUGAGUCUUUCUUCAGCAAACUGUAUAAAACACCUCUGGAGGCAAUGGGAGAAGAGUAUGAGGAGCAAUAUGUGUCGGACAUUCUGAACUAUAUUGACCAUGGAGAUCCCCAGAUCAGAGGAGCUACUGCCAUUCUCUGUGGAACAAUUGUCAACUCCAUUCUAAUUAAAUCCCGCUUUGAUGUGGAAAAAUGGCUCAUAAAUGUCAGAAGCUCAACAGGAAAUCUUUUCUCCUUGAUAGACUGCAUACCUCUGUUACAGAAAACAUUGAAAGAUGAGUCCUCUGUUACAUGCAAACUGGCUUGUACAGCUGUGAGGCAUUGCAUCAUGAGCUUAUGCAGUAGCAGUUACAGUGAACUAGGUUUGCAGUUGAUUGUUGACCUCCUUACCCUCAAGGACAGCUCAUAUUGGCUUGUGAGGACAGAACUUCUGGAAACACUUGCAGAGGUAGAUUUUCGGCUAGUCAACUUCUUGGAAGGAAGAACUGAGAACUUGCACAGAGGAAUUCAUCAUUAUACUGGUCUAUUAAAGCUUCAGGAGAGAGUACUUGAAAAUGUUGUAAUAAGUCUGCUUGGAGAUGAAGAUCCAAGAGUGAGACACGUGGCUGCAGCUUCAUUAAUGAGGCUUGUUCCAAAACUCUUUUACAACUGUGAUCAAGGACAGGCUGACCCAGUUGUGGCAGUAGCACGAGACCAAAGCAGUGUCUACCUGAAACUCCUCAUGCAUGAAACACAGCCCCCAUCUCACUUUGCAGUGAGCACUAUCACCAGAACAUACAGAGGUUACAAUAUGUUGCAAAGUCCAACAGAUGUCACUAUGGAAAACAACCUUUCAAGGGUUAUUGCAGCAAUUUCCCACGCACUGACAAUAUCCACUACAAGAGCACUUACGUUUGGCUGCUGUGAAGCUUUGUGUCUUCUCUCCACAACAUUUCCAGUCUGCACAUGGAGUGUGGGAUGGCACUGUGGUGUUUCCCAGCCAAGUUCUUCAGAUGAAGCUCAGAAGGGCUGCACCAUUGGUAUGGCUGGCUUGGUCCUGUCUCUCCUCUCGUCAGCAUGGUUUCCACUGGACCUCUCAGCACAUCAGGAUGCUUUGAUUUUGACUGGAAACUUGCUUGCAGCAAGUGCUCCCAAGUGCUUAAAAAAUCCCUGGAGUGCUGAAGAGGAUGCAAACCAAGGUGCUGCAAAGCAGGAGGAACCCUGGCCAGCUCUGGCAGAUCGAGCUCUUGUCACUUUAGUAGAGCAGCUCUUUUCUCAUCUGCUGAAGGUCAUUAAUAUUUGUGCACAUGUGAUGGAUGAUGUUGCUCCUGGUCCAGCAGUAAAGGCAGCAUUACCUUCUCUCACAAACCCACCUUCUCUAAGUCCAAUUCGGAGAAAGGGGAAAGAGAGGGAGCCUGUGGAGCAGGCAUCUGUGCCCAUGAGCCCUAAAAAGAGUGGUGAAGCAAGUCCAGCUUCUAGGCAAACUGAUGCUACAGGACCUGUUCCAACAAGUAAAUCAUCUUCAGUAGGAAGCUUUUAUCAUCUUCCAUCAUACCUGAAGUUAUAUGAUGUCUUGAAAGCAACCCAUGCUAACUAUAAGGUUACUUUGGAUCUCCAGAACAGUAAUGAGAAGUUUGGAUGUUUCUUACGGUCUGCCUUAGAUGUUCUCUCUCAAAUCUUGGAACUUGCUACUCUUCAGGAUAUUGGAAAGUGUGUAGAAGAAAUUUUGGGAUAUCUAAAAUCCUGUUUCAACAGAGAGCCAACAAUGGCAACAGUGUGUGUACAGCAGUUAUUGAAGACAUUGUUUGGGACAAACCUGGCUUCUCAGUACGAUGGCUUGUGUUCAAACCCCAGCAAAGCUCAAGGCAAAGCUCAGCGCUUGGGUUCCUCCAAUCUGAGGCCUGGGCUCUACCACUAUUGCUUCAUGGCCCCGUACACACACUUCACACAGGCCCUCGCUGAUGCCAGUCUGAGGAACAUGGUCCAGGCUGAGCAGGAGCAUGAUGCUGCAGGAUGGUUUGAUGUGCUGCAGAAAGUUUCUACACAGCUGAAAACUAGCAUUUCCAGUGCAGCAAAACAUCGUGCUGAUAAGAAUGCUAUUCACAAUCACAUUCGUUUAUUUGAACCCCUUGUCAUAAAAGCACUGAAACAAUACACAACAACAACGUCGGUACAGCUGCAGAGACAAGUUCUAGACUUGCUUGCUCAACUGGUUCAGCUGCGAGUUAACUACUGUCUUCUGGAUUCAGAUCAGGUGUUUAUUGGAUUUGUGCUAAAGCAGUUUGAAUACAUUGAAGUAGGACAGUUCAGGGAGUCUGAAGCAAUUAUUCCUAAUAUCUUCUUUUUCCUGGUGUUGCUGUCUUAUGAGCGAUAUCAUUCCAAGCAAAUAAUUGGAAUUCCCAAGAUCAUUCAGCUGUGUGAUGGCAUCAUGGCCAGUGGGAGGAAAGCUGUUACGCAUGCAAUACCAGCUCUGCAACCCAUUGUUCAUGAUCUCUUUGUGUUAAGAGGGACAAAUAAAGCUGAUGCUGGAAAAGAGCUGGAAACUCAGAAGGAGGUUGUAGUGUCAAUGCUGCUGAGACUUAUCCAGUACCAUCAGGUGCUAGAAAUGUUUAUCCUGGUAUUGCAACAGUGUCAUAAAGAAAAUGAAGACAAAUGGAAGAGAUUGUCCCGCCAAAUAGCUGACAUCAUUCUCCCAAUGCUUGCAAAACAACAGAUGCACAUAGACUCUCAUGAUGCUUUGGGAGUAUUGAACACUUUGUUUGAAAUUUUGGCCCCCUCAUCCCUUCGCCCUGUGGACAUGCUUUUAAGGAGUAUGUUUGUUACUCCUAAAACAAUGGCCUCAGUGAGCACUGUCCAGCUGUGGAUUUCUGGAAUUUUAGCUAUCCUAAGAGUUCUGAUCUCACAGUCAACAGAAGACAUUGUACUGUCCCGUAUACAAGAGCUUUCCUUCUCACCAUAUUUGAUUUCAUGUCAAGCAAUCAACAGACUGAGAUGUGGAGAAAACAACAUGUCCCUCCCAGAGGAUCGCACUGAGGGCAAACAGGUGAAAUACCCACCUGAGGAGACAUUUUCCAGAUUCUUACUACAGCUGGUUGGCAUUCUACUGGAAGAUAUUGUUACCAAGCAAUUAAAAGUGGACAUGAAUGAGCAGCAGCAUACUUUCUACUGCCAGGAGCUGGGCACACUGCUUAUGUGCUUAAUACAUAUCUUCAAAUCAGGGAUGUUUAGAAGAAUCACAGCUGCAGCCACCAGACUUUUUACAGGAGAUGGAUCUGAUGGUAGUUUCUAUACACUUGAAAGUCUGAGUGACCUUGUUCAGUCCAUGAUUCCCACUCAUCCCUCUUUAGUUCUCCUCUGGUGUCACAUCUUGCUUCUUGUCAAUUAUACCAACUACAACUGGUGGUCAGAAGUGCAUCAAACCCCAAAGCGACACAGCCUUUCUACUACAAAAUUGCUUAGCCCUCAUAUAUCUGGAGACAGUGAUGAAUCUGACUUGGAAUCUAAGCGUGGCAUGUGCAAUCGUGAGAUAGUGAGAAGAGGAGCACUCAUUCUCUUUUGUGACUAUGUUUGUCAAAACCUACAUGAUUCAGAACACCUGACCUGGCUUAUUGUGAAUCAUGUUCAAGACUUGAUUCAUCUGUCCCAUGAGCCUCCAGUACAAGACUUUAUCAGUGCUGUUCACAGGAAUUCAGCAGCCAGUGGUCUCUUCAUCCAGGCCAUUCAGUCACGGUGUGAGAAUCUUGCAGCUCCCACAACCCUGAAGAAGACCUUGCAGUGCUUGGAGGGAAUCCACCUGAGCCAGUCUGGGGCUGUGCUGACCCUGUACGUGGACAAGCUGCUGUGCACUCCCUUCCGAGUGCUGGCUCGCAUGGUGGACACGCUGGCCUGCCGCCGUGUGGAAAUGCUGCUGGCAGCAACUCUGCAGAAUAGCAUUGCUCAAUUACCAGUUGAAGAACUGGACAGAAUUCAGGAGUACCUUCAAAACAGUGGAUUAGCAGCAAGACACCAAAGACUCUACUCGCUCUUGGAUAGGUUUCGUCUUAUGGUAGCACCGGACACAACCAGUCCUUCACCUCUGGUUACCUCACACCCACUAGAUGGAGAAGACCAACCAGCUUUAGAGAGUGUAGCUCUAGACAAAGACUGGUACGUGUCGCUAGUGCGGUCACAGUGUUACAUCAAGUCUGACUCAGCACUGAUGGAAGGAGCAGAGCUGGUAAACAGGAUUCCUCAACCUGACCUGAACUCCUUCAUGACCAGCAAGGAAUUCAACCUUAGCUUGUUAGCACCUUGUUUAAGCCUUGGCAUGAAUGAGAUCUCAAGGGAGCAGAAGAGCAGCCUCUUUGAAACAGCUCGGAGGGUAACUCUGGAUCAUGUGUCUUCUGCUGUACAAAACCUUCCAGCCAACCACCAGGUUUUUCAGCCACUAUUGCCAACUGAGCCUUCAGCCUACUGGAAAAAACUGAGCGAUAUCUUUGGAGAUGAGGUGAUGUAUCAAUCUAUGAUGACACUUUGUCGUGCACUGGCUCAGUAUUUGUUGUUACUCUCAAAACUACCAGCUGGUCUCCGUGUUCCUCCUGACAAAGAGGAUGAUAUCCUGAAAUUCGUAGUGAUGUCAGUAGAGGCACUAUCAUGGCAUUUAGUGCAUGACCAGAUUCCAUUGAGUGUAGAUCUUCAAGCUGCUCUGGAUUGCUGCUGUCUGACACUACAGCAGCCUAGUCUCUGGAAUUUGCUGUCUUCUGCAGCUCAUGUGACAUAUGCUUGCUCCUUAAUUAACUGCAUUAGAUUUAUCAUAGAAGCAGUUGCUGUGGAACCUGGUAAUCAACUUCUGAGUCCUGAAAGGAAGAAUACUUCAAAACCUUUAAGUGAGGGGGAAAUUGAUUCAAAUGUACAGAAAACAAAACACAUUAUUGCAGCAUGUGAAAUGAUAGCUGAGAUGGUGGAAUGCUUACAGACUGUCUUGUCACUGGGGCACAAAAGAAACAGCAGCAUCCCUGCAUUUCUCACUCCUGUCCUCAAGAACAUCAUCAUCAGUUUAGCAAGGCUGCCUUUAGUGAACAGCUACACCAGAGUACCUCCUUUGGUCUGGAAAUUAGGCUGGUCACCAAAGCCUUCAGGUGACUUUGGCACAGUUUUUCCUGAAAUCCCAGUAGAAUUUCUUCAAGAAAAGGAAAUCUUUAAGGAGUUUAUCUAUCGAAUUAAUACACUUGGCUGGAUCAGCCGUACUCAGUUUGAAGAGACUUGGGCUACUUUGCUUGGUGUGCUUGUAACUCAGCCCAUUGUAAUGGACCAAGAGGAGAACCAGCAAGAGGAAGAUACAGAGAGGACCCAAAUCAAUGUUCUUGCAGUACAAGCCAUAACCUCCCUGGUGCUGAGUGCAAUGACCAUACCUGUUGCAGGCAAUCCAGCAGUUAGUUGUUUGGAGCAGCAGCCCCGCAACAAAGCUUUAAAAGCUCUGGACACAAGGUUUGGGAGGAAGCUGAGUGUUAUCAGGGGAAUUGUUGAACAGGAAAUUCAGGCAAUGGUGUCUAAGAGAGAUAAUAUUGCUACUCAUCACUUAUACCAAGCUUGGGACCCUGUUCCAUCACUUUCUCCUGCUACUACAGGUGCUCUUAUCAGCCAUGAAAAACUCUUACUGCAGAUUAAUACUGAAAGAGAAAUAGGAGAUAUGGAUUAUAAACUGGGACAGGUCUCUAUACACUCCAUAUGGUUAGGAAAUAAUAUCACUCCCUUGAGAGAAGAAGAGUGGGGUGAGGAUGAAGAAGAUGAGAAUGAUGUACCUGCUCCUUCCUCACCACCAACUUCUCCUAUCAACACCAGGAAACACCGGGCUGGUGUAGAUAUCCAUUCUUGUUCUCAGUUCUUGCUUGAACUUUACAGUCAGUGGAUAUUGCCAUCCAACCCCAGCAAGAGAACACCAGUCAUUUUGAUCAGUGAAGUGGUGCGAUCUCUUCUGGCAGUGUCAGACUUAUUUACAGAAAGGAAUCAGUUUGAGAUGAUGUACACAACACUGACAGAGUUGCGAAAGGUGCAUCCAUCAGAAGAUGAGAUUCUUGUACAAUAUUUGAUACCAGCCACUUGUAAAGCUGCUGCUGUUCUUGGAAUGGAUAAAGCUGUGGCUGAACCAGUAAGUCGACUGCUGGAAUCAACCCUAAGAAGCACCCAUAUGCCAAGUCGGAUUGGAGCUCUGCAUGGAAUUCUUUAUAUCCUUGAGUGUGACUUGCUCGACGAGACAGCAAAGCAACUCAUUCCAAUUAUCAGCGAGUAUCUGCUCUCCAAUCUGAGAGGAGUAGCACAUUGUGUGAAUAUCCAUAACCAAGAGCACAUUUUGGUAAUGUGUGCAGCUACUUUCUAUUUGAUUGAGAAUUACCCACUUGAUGUAGGGCCUGAAUUCUCUGCAGGAAUUAUACAGAUGUGUGGAGUCAUGGUGUCUGGAAGUGAUGAAUCAACACCAUCCAUUAUUUAUCACUGUGUCCUGAGAGGAUUGGAACGGCUCCUUCUUUCAGAGCAGCUUUCCAGGCUGGACAGUGAGUCGCUGGUUAAGCUGAGUGUUGACAGGGUGAAUGUGCAGAGCCCCCACAGAGCAAUGGCAGCCCUGGGAUUAAUGCUGACUUGCAUGUACACAGGAAAGGAAAAAAUCAGCCCCAGCCGUAUCCCAGAUGCAAAUCCUGGUGCUCCUGACAGUGAAUCUGUGAUUGUUGCUAUGGAACGAGUAUCUGUCCUUUUUGAUAGGAUCAGGAAGGGAUUUCCUUUUGAAGCUCGAGUAGUGGCUCGAAUUCUUCCGCAGUUCCUUGAUGAUUUCUUCCCCCCACAAGAUGUAAUGAACAAAGUCAUUGGAGAAUUUCUGUCCAAUCAGCAGCCAUACCCACAGUUCAUGGCAACAGUAGUUUAUAAGGUGUUCCAGACACUGCAUAGCACUGGACAAUCCUCGAUGGUCCGUGACUGGGUGAUGCUCUCUCUCUCUAAUUUCACACAAAGAACACCUGUGGCAAUGGCAAUGUGGAGUCUUUCCUGUUUUUUUGUCAGUGCUUCCACCAGUCAAUGGAUUUCAGCAAUUCUUCCACAUAUUAUCAGCAGAAUGGGAAAAUCAGAGCAAGUAGAUGUUAACAUCUUCUGUUUGGUGGCCAUAGACUUCUAUCGACACCAGAUCGAUGAAGAAUUGGAUCGGAGAGCCUUCCAGUCAGUGUUUGAGGUGGUAGCGUCUCCAGGAACCCCAUACCAUCGCCUACUCACUUGUUUGCAAAAUGUCCACAAGGUCACAGCAUGUUGAACAUCCUGAUGUGUAGUGGAACUGCAUGACUAGUGUUGGAAUAUGAAUUAUGAGGAAUGCAAGAUCAAGAAAAUCCCUGGGGUUGCAUUUGUGAUAAAUACGGACCUAUGAGUUUUCCUUCCAGCAUAGACAAGUGCUCUGCAGCACUGGAAAUCACCUGAGAAGUCAAGUGUAGUUGUUGUUGACACCAAGCACCUCUAAGUGGAAUGAAGUAUGUCAGUGUUUUUCAAGUGAUGUUGGGGAGCCACACAUCCUAGCUGUAAGAUAUAAGCUAGUACCACAUGCAAGGUAGCUGGUAUUCCUCUUCUUCUCAAUAUGCAGCUGAAGCCACUGUGGUGCAGCCAGUAAGACACUGACAGACUUAUUGCAACCUGAGUCAUUAGCCAACUUCAUAGUUUUAUGUACCUGUAUAUACUGUUGUGUAGUACAGAAUAGAAUUUGUUUCCUAAUGUCUCUUCCAAACAAGGAAAAGAGAAAAUGGCUUUUAUGAUUUUACACUUCCAGCAUGUGAUAUCUCUCUCUGGACUUUCUGAUAUCCAGUGGUGUAUGUGUUGGUGAUACCAGAGAUAUAGUGCACAUACAUAACCACACAUUUUUCUUUUUUCUUCUCAGGAUUUCAAAUUUGAGUACAGUAUAUCAGUGAAAGAAAUUUUAACUUAAAUAUUUCUAUAUUAUGUACAGUAUGUAAAAUUGUAAGAUGUGUGGUGCAUGAGCUGUGCUGUAAUUGGAGAUGAACAAAAGCCAUGCUACUGAAUGUCUUGACAUCUGUAUUGUCCUCAUUUUUUCCCCUCGUGCUUGAAUUCAUGUUCCUUUUGGAAUUCCAUCUUACUGUACAGAUUACAUCUUGUUUUGCAUCUCACUUUUUCUUCAAGUGCUUUAAAACUGGAAUAUGUUGAUUAAUUUGUCUUGACAAACUGUACUAAGGAGGCAUUCUUGUGAUCCACUUUACUGUAGCUUCUUUUGAAUUCCUUUAUUUUGAGACAUAAUGGUAAAAAAAGAGGACUAGUCACUCUGGAUCAGACUAUAGAUACUUAGGAAACUGCUCUUAUUUGCUGCACAGCAUUUUAAGAGACAAAAUGGUGCAAGUUCCCCAGUAGUCAACAACCAUUUGACCUUUCCUAACUGAGACCAUGGAGUCAUCUGGAGCACUCUCAUGCAAACAAAUACAUGGCAGCAGUAAAGAAUCAGAAGGCUGCUGUGGUCUACUUUGGGACUGGCUAAAGUGUUAGAUUACACAACCUCUUUUAUUACCUGUUGUAUCCAUAAUGCUUUAGACACAAACACAAAUAUCCAUGAAUUUCAGACACUACACAGGGCCAGAUUUAACUUUUACUCACCGCCCAGGGAAUGCCAUGACUCCUAAGCUUUACAUGAGGAAAUCUAGCACAGCAUUUGUCUUUAGUUGUAUUUAAGUCUUUCAUUACAGAGAAAUUAUACCUUUGGUUCUCAGUCAGAUCCUAUGUUUAACCUCACUUCAUUUUCUUAUCACACCUUUUGGUGACACUUGGAAAAAUGAGAUAGUGUUGUCAGGAGGAGCAUGUACUGUAUGUAUUUCUGUAUAUAAUGUAUAUGUUGAAAUUAUACACAUGUGACAACAUUUAAUGUAUACAGAUGUGUAUAUUUGUAUUUAUUAAACCCAUGUAUUUAAACUAA